CUAUAAGGUAAUAGAGCUGUGAAUGUGUUGUUGUGUUAAUUGACUGUUAGAUUGAGUACUAAAACCAUUGCAUUCAAAAUCAAUUGAUUCAUAAUUUAUAUGAUUUAUCACAACUUUAUCAUCAAUUGAUGGCAAAUAUCAUGUAAUAUAUAAGCGAUAAAAUAGACGAAAUCUACUUAUAUAUCAACCAUUUAUUUGAAAUAAAACAUUUAAUUGAAAGACACCAACAAUUUGGCAAAUAUAUGAUGUGAUCAAUUGAGGUGAUGAUCAUCAUCGGUGACCAUCAAAAUACAAACACUAUUUUUAACGAUUAGACACUAUUAGAGUGCAAUCAAUCAAUCAAUGAUUAUAUGAAUGAAUCAAUAGAUUUGGACACAAAUUAUAUGUCAUUUGUAAUCAAAGUGUUGAUAACAAACAUCACUACAUAUGCUUAAAGCGAUUCGCAAACAUUUAAAGGCAUCUAAAAAAAACAACAAUUUUAUGCAAUACAUGAAAAUCAAUAGAAAAGAUGAUCAGUUGGACAACAAUUGGAUUCAAAUCAGUUAUUUGGAUGACUUGACCAAUGAUUUGGUCGACAAUAGUCUCGUUUAUCGCAAGGAUUGCAUUGAUUUAAUUCCCUAUAAAAGCAAUAAUAUUAAUAAUUAUUAUCAAUCGUAUAAUAAUUAUUAUAAUUAUAACAAUGAAAGAGAAGUCAAAAAGGAUUAUAAGAAAAGAGAAGAAUCUCAUAGCAAGAGAUCGACAAAUGAGACAAAAAUCCAAGAAAUUUCAGAUCUGGAAGCGAUUCAACUAAAUAGACAACAUUUACAUGCCUUACAUCGCUUUCGGCGACAUAAGAAAAGAGGUAUAGCGUCAGACAAAGAUGUAGUCAUAAGCUUUUCACCAAAAACUCGACUUUCAAUUGUAAAUAAACGUGAAUUUUAUUACCGUUUUGGUAAAGAAGAGAAGGAAGCAAUCGCUUGUUUUGACUUCUUGAAUGAUAUUUGUUGUGAUAUUAGUGAUGAUAACGAUUCCAAUGAGUUCAACGAUUGUCACUCCAAUGAUGGACAAUAUAUGGAUAACUUUGAUACGUCAUCUGAACUGAGCGUUGUCUCUAAAGAGGUCCCCGAAGAGACUGUUUCGUUGGGCCGAUCAUACAGUCAGUUGUCUUUAAGUGAUUCAUGUGUUGAAUAUUACGAUUCUAGUGAUUAAUGUAUGAAUAAUUAUAUUUUUAAUUUAACCAAAAAAUAUUUUAUGGCAUUUGUUAUCAUAUUUG